CUACUUAUCAUUUUCUUUCAGAUGCAGCGACCCGUGGCCAGUAAACAGCACACCUCCAAAAACCAUGAGAAGCAGUGCUGAAUAGGAAAGCACGUUAUAAGUGAUAUACGGUCACUGCGUGGAACGAGCGAUCGCGCUGUUUGGCCUACUUUACCAAGGGAACUUAGUGUUGGACAGGCGACCAUAUGGACUUUUAUAUAUUGUAUGUACAUACUAAGGCUGUUUAUACAAAAUGGAGACCAAAACGAAGCUUUGCAUAGGUGUUUUCCCCGUACUGUGCGCCGUAGCUUGGAUCUACCUGCCGUUCACCCGUAAUCCGAGCUUGGAUCCGCCGUAUACUUCUACAGAGGUUCAUCUUAACACCGAUACAACUCCCAGCGGUGAAACACCCUUGCCGAGGGGGCACAUGCAGCGGUUUGGGCUCCACGUAGAAAAGGAGACGGAGAUCGUUGAGCUCGACCACUUUCCGGACCCAGAAACGUUUUAUAAAGACUAUGUAUAUCCGUCUGUUCCCGUGAUCGUGCGAGGCGGACUAAAACACUGGCCGGCCAUGGAGAAGUGGAAGAAUGAAGAGUACUUAAAGGAGAAGUUUGGUCAUUGCCUGUAUACCAUUAGAAAAAAGGUUGUAGAUGAACACCAUCCAGCAGAAAUGUUGAUGUCCUUGGCGGACUUUCUUGAUGCAUAUCGGAAAGAAAAACUCUAUUUGACAGCAUACAUAUGCCCCGAGAUGACCCAAGACUUCUCCAUGCCUAGCUGCAUUGGCUGUGACGCCUAUGUUAAGAUGAUUCUCGACAUGAUUCUUUUCUUUAACACUGGAUGGACCAACACAGAAGUUCACAUCGACCCCUAUGAGAUUUUCUAUACCCAAAUAAGGGGCAAACGCCAAUGGAUUUUGACACCGCCCAGUGAUGGAAAAUACCUCCACACAGAAGAGUUCCCGUACCAUGCAGGUAUGUGUCCCGCAGACGUCGAUGCCGUAGACCUUAUCAAAUAUCCCAAUAUUUCGAAGGCCGCCAUCUACAACGUCACAAUAAACGAAGGAGACAUGCUCUACGUCCCGGAGGCGUGGUUUCACCAGGUCCGCACCACGGAGGGAGACACUAACAUGGGGCUAGCUCUUUAUCUGAAUCACACUUCGUGUAUCACCAGGUGCCCAGAUACGGAUGAUAUAGAGUUUUUAGAAAACUGCAUGGAAGCCAGGAAACAAACCCCAAAAGAGAUAACUUGCAACGAAAGAACUGACAACAUUCCAUACAGCGCAGUGGUGGAGAAGUACAAAGACAUCUAUCCCCGACUUCUGAUUCAUGAAGAAAAACAGACAGAGAUGAAAACAUCGGUCACGACGCUGUUACAGAGUGGACAUAGCAUGCCGGUCCAGGGUUUAAGCCUCACGAGGCUAGGUAAAGAACAGUUAGGGACGACUGUACGGCACGCCUUGCUGCUCGGAUACAGACUUUUCCUCACGGACCCAGACGACGACAGCGAAGACGCUUUGGGGUCAAUUUUAGCUGAUAACCAACACUGCAAACGUGAAGACGUUUUCGUAGUUGUCAAACUUGACUCCACUUUGGAAGGAGACGCCGUUAGAAAAUCGAUCAAAAGAUCAAUGGAGAGACUAAAGACAGACUACGUGGAUUUGGUUCUUUUUCGAGCGCCGAUAUGUGACAAAGAUCAGGAAGGAUGUGAAGCGCGCCCAGGUGGUUGGGAAAUAUUAGAAGAACUUCACGACGCUGGAACUAUUCGUUCUCUUGGGCUUAGCGGUUUUAAGAUUUCACAAGUACAACGGCUGGUUGCUUCGGCCAAAAUCCGGGUUUCAGUUGUCCACGCUAAGUUCGAUAUUACUUAUCGCAACACGGAGUUGAGGGAUUUCUGCAACCAGCACGGCAUGCGUUUCAUGGCGCGCAACUUCUUCGGUCCCCAAAAAUUAAAAGAACUCGUUCUGAGCAGUGAAAUGAUUAAAAUUGCUGCGAGGCUGUUCCGCACAGACACAUCUACGACAAUAAUCAGAUGGGCCUUGAAUAAAAACAUUACUGUAAUCACCCCAGCAACUGACCUUCGACAGAUGGCUUUUAAUAGGCGUGCGUUGUUUUUUGACGUAGCGCCAGGGUCUUACCUGGACGACUUGGAUAAUUUUCCUCAUAAAGCGUGAUGAACGCAUAUUAAUUCAAUUAUAACUCAGUGGCGGGUACCUAUUUUUAACUAUAUGUGAAUUAUAAUUCAGAAAUGUAUAUAUUGCAUAUAAUUAUUAUACAGAAUUAAAUUUGUCGUUUAUGUACAAGGAAA